CAAGUGAAGUCACAAGUCAUUGAUGUUAACGUCUAAGUCGAGUUGCAAGUCUUUUUACAUUUUGUCAAGUCGAGUCUAAAGUCAUCAAAUUCAUGACUCGAGUCUGACUCGAGUCCAAGUCAUGUGACUCGAGUCCACACCUCUGCUAAUCGGUGCACUUGUACUCGCUUUAUAGGGCGGGGAAGAAAGCACACGAGUGAGACAUCGUACUGUGUCCGCCUCUCUCUGCUCAUGUGACGCCCAUUUCUGGUCACGUGACGAUGACGCGCCUCCUUCCGGCCAGUCCGACGGGGGAGCUAAGCUAAGCUAAGCUAGCCGCUAAGGAAGCUACUUCCGCCAAUGAGUCGGAGCUGGCGAAGUGAACGCGGUGCCUCGAUGCGUCUCUUGCGGGGAGGAUGGCUGCCACACACACGGAGGAUGCUGAAGCUGUUCGGUGCCCUGGUUGUCAUCGGGCUGGCCAUGGCGUGCAUCGCCUCCUGGGUGCUGGACAGCUACGACACGGCUUGGCAUCCCAAACGCAGCGUUCGGCAGCCAGCCGGCCGGGAUGGAGAUGACACCAAGGGCAGCUCGCCACCAUUUCCAGGGGGGAAGCCGGACAAUAUCUUCUGGUUUGUGCAGGUGUCCGACAUCCACAUCAGCCGCUUCCGCGACCCGAGACGCAUCCCCGACUUUGAAAAGUUCUGCACCGACACCAUGGAGUUGAUAAAGCCAUCCCUCGUGCUUGUGACAGGGGAUCUGACAGACGCCAAGACGGAGAGCAAAGUGGGCUCGCUGCAGCACGAGGUGGAGUGGCAGGCCUACCACAACAUCCUCAAGAGGUCGCGCGUGAUGGAGCGCACGAGGUGGAUCGACAUCCGCGGCAAUCACGACGCCUUCAACAUAAUGUCACUGGACAGCGUCAACAACUACUACCGAAAGUACUCGGCCAAUCAGAAGGUGGGCUCCUUCCAUUACGUCCACACGACUCCCUUCGGAAACUACUCCUUUGUGUGUGCGGACGCCACCCUGAUGCCGGGGCCCAAGAGGCCCUACAAUUUCUUUGGUAUUCUCAAUCAGACUCAGAUGGACAAACUGGACACAUUCAGAGCGGAGAGUCUAAAAAGCAACCAGUCCAUCUGGUUCGGACACUACACCACGUCCACCAUCGUUUCUCCGUCACCGGGCGUGCGGGAGAUGAUGAGGUCGGCCAUCGCCUAUCUGUGCGGUCACCUGCACACGCUGGGCGGCCUGAUGCCCAUCCUCCACAGUCGACAUCCCAGCGGCGCCUUGGAGCUGGAGCUUGGAGACUGGAUGGACAACCGCAAGUACAGGAUCCUGGCUUUUGACCACGACCUGCUGAGUUUCUCAGACCUGAGAUUUGAACAGUGGCCCGUGGUGCUCAUCACUAACCCCAAGGACCGGCAGUACUUGCAUCCAGGACUGGAACCUGUGGGCCGCAUACGGAGGUCCACACACAUCAGGAUUUUGGCUUUCUCAGAGGCGCCCAUCAUGACGGUGCAGGUUAGCGUGGACGGCGAGCCUUUAGGGACAGGACAGCCUGCUGGAGGCCCCCUCUACGUGCUGCCAUGGCAACCAUCGCGCUACCUCACUGGGCUGCACACCAUCCGAGUUCAGGUGGAGGACUCACGGGGGCGGUCGAGCGUGCAGGAGCAGCACUUCGCCCUGGGCGACGACGACGUGACGCCCAGCUUUGGCUUCGUCCAGUCCUUCAUCCUGCUGACGGACCACUACGUGGUGGGCCGGGUGGCCUUCGUGUUCACAAUGCUGCUGAACGUGGGCGUGCUGCUGUGCUUCAGGUUCAUGCGCACCUUGUCCGGCCGAGGACUGUCCUCUGCUGUGUGCACCUCACUACGGCUGGUCAGUAAAGUGGACAGCUUCUUCUACUCUCUGCUCCUCUUCAACCUGUGCACGGCCUUAGGGCCGUGGUUCAUCGGCGAGCUGAUCGACGGCCACAGCGGCGCCUGCUUCGCCUUCGGGAUGUUCAUCGACGGUCACUUCCUGGAGGGAAGCCUCACCUACGUGGUGGGUGUCGUUCAGCUGCUCUUCUUCAACAUGCCGCUCACCUUCUACCUGUGCUGGACCCUCCACCACCGUUGCCGCGGCAACACCUUCUGCUCCAUGCUGCUGCGGCCGGGCUGCCGCUGGCGGAGCGCAGGCGUGCACCUGCUCAUGCUGCUGCUGCUCACCUGGCAGGCCCACUCCUGCUACUUCCUGCUGGAGACCUACGGCCCCGUGGCCUUCUUCCUGUCGCCGGUGCGCAUGUGGGCGCUCGGAAUGGGCGUGCUGCUGGUCUACCGCGCUUGGACAUGCCCCGCCCCUUUCCUGGGCAGCAAGAGCAUGCCGCUGUCUUGACAUGUUGCCUUGGCCCGCCGCCACCUCGCCACUGCCAAAGGACGAGUCCAAGAAGCCCUCGUAGUGACAGCUGGACGUGCCAACAGCAAAACAAUCAAUAAGAACCUUGUUUACACUCUUCUCUCGCCUGACAUCAUAUCAGCACAUCCUCCCUCUCACGUCACCACGGCCAGACAGCUGAGUCUCAGGAAGCCUCUGGAGGAUGUCAGGACAUUUUUAUACUCCACUAAGAAAAGAGGAAUAGAGAACGAGCGCUGGCUUUCGGAAAAGAACAAAGGUGAAUGUGUUUUAGCUGUGAAAUGCUGUUUUUAUUUAUGAUGAUCAUUUAGUGGGAUUAUGCACUGGGGAGGGAAAUGAUUCUAACAUUGUACAAAGUACUUCUUCUAGUGGCCAUAGAAACAUGUCUUCUUCAUCCCAAACAUAGCUUUUAAGAAGAGAAUAUGUGUGAAGUUGCACCCCCAUCAAGGCAUCCAUCCAUCCAUCCAUCCAUCUUCUUCCGCUUAUCCGAGGUCGGGUCGCGGGGGCAGCAGCUUAAGCAGGGAAGCCCAGACUUCCCUCUCCCCAGCCACUUUGUCCAGCUCCUCCCGGGGGAUCCCGAGGCGUUCCCAGGCCAGCCGGGAGACAUAGUCUUCCCUACGUGUCCUGGGUCUUCCCCGUGGCCUCCUACCGGUCGGACGUGCCCGAAACACCUUCCUAGGGAGGCGUUCGGGUGGCAUCCUGACCAGAUGCCCGAACCACCUCAUCUGGCUCCUCUCCAUGUGGAGGAGCAGCGGCUU